AUGCAGACAGAGGCACACAAAACCUGCGCUCUAUUCCCUUCGAUACAGCUUGCGGCAUCGAGGACGACGCCACCAGUCGAGCAGCGGAGAGACUCCGUGCCUACCUCCUCUACGUCAGGUGAUCGGCAUCUCUCAAACGACAACUCAAGGAAGGACAGACCGCGACGCUCCUGCCGCUUCGUCGUGCCUCGUGUCUACCCGGGACACUAG